GCUUUUGUCUCUUUCCGUCAAGCGCACAUGCUCGAUUUUGCCAUUUCCUGUCAUCCAUCAGCCGCUUGCAGCAACUUCCUCACCUCGCUCAGGAAGGGCGUGCUUGUGGGUGACUGUGCGUGUGUGUGUGGGGGGGGACUUUUUCCAAGUGAGGUGCAAAUUCAAGUAGAAGAGCUUGAUUUUAAAGAACAGAAGUUAAAAAAAGAGGUUUGAUACUAAAAUCAUUUUAUAUGGUCUGUGAAGGAGAAACUAUCCAGACAAGUGAUGACAGUCAACGCUCCGCCCCUGCGACAUCCCAUCAUGCCCUUGGUUGUGUGGUCGCGGCUGCUGGGCGUGCGCGUGGCCGCCCUGCUGUUCACCUGCGUGGCGUUCAGCGUGGCGGCGCACGGCGCCCAGCUGCCGCACGGCGGCAUGGCUUCCUGGUGCAUCUUCUGCUGGGCCUUCAGCUUCGCAGCCACCGUGCUCAUCCUGCUAGUGGAGCUGCUGGGCCUGCAGGCGCGCAUACCCGUGUCCUGGUCCAACUUUCCCGUGACGGCGGCGUGCUACGCCGCCCUCUUCUGCCUCUCGGCCUCCGUCAUCUUCCCGCUCUACUUCCUGAGGGAUGGCGGCUACUACUCCCAGGUGCGUGACCACCGCGUGGCCUCCACCGUCUUCUCCUGCCUGGCGGCGCUGGCUUACAUCUUGGAGGUGAGCCUGACGCGAGCACGGCCCGGCGAGGUGGCGGGCUACAUGGCCACGGCGCCGGGGUUGCUGAAGGUGUGCCAGACCUUCGUGGCCUGCAUCAUCUUCAUCCUGGUCAGCGAUCCGGUGGCGUACGACGGCCACGCGGCGCUCCAGUGGUGCAUGGCCGUCUACUGCAUCUGCUUCAUCCUCUCCAUGGCCGUGGUGGUCAUGUGCGUGGGCGAGUGCACCGGCUGGCUGCCCGUGCCCUUCCCCCGCUUCCUGACGGCCUUCGGGCUCCUGGCGGCCGUCAUGUACCUGACGGCCACCAUCAUCUGGCCCAUCUUCCAGUUUGACAAGCGCUACAGCAGAGGCGGCGCCCGGUCUCGUCUGAUCACUGUGGCCGUCCUCACCGGCCUCAACUUCCUGCUGUACCUCGCCGACAUGGCGCACACCGCCAGACUCGUCUUUGUCAGCGGCUGACGGACGCGGCACCACUGUGUUCUUAGGAUUUUUUUUUUUUUUUUCCCAAACACUGGUCAACACAUUUCUAUAAAUUUUUUAAGAGGCAAGUAGGCUUUUCUAGAUUUCCUGUAUAAUUUUAAAAAUGACCAAGAUCUGAUUGAAGCCACCAAUACUUGGGCAAACAAAAUGUGACGUGAAGUAAGUCCUCCUCAACUGUAGUUGGCGCUAUUCUAUGGCCGUUUUCAAACAUCGACGGCCAUCAUUGUGUAAAUUUUAAAUUUUCAUUUCAAAA